AUGUCACCAAUUUGGAUUUGGGGUCUGCUCUGUUGCCUCCUCGGUGCAACAUAUGCUGCUGAGGUCUGCUUUGAUGACAUGGGCUGUUUUAGUGACCAGCCUCCCUGGGGGGGCACGGUGCAGAGACCCCUCUCCUGCCUGCCUUGGCGCCCUGAAGAGAUUGGCACCCGGUUCCUCCUCUUCACCCAGAAGAACCGCCACUACCAGGAGAUCAAGCCUGAUGAAACCAUUAUGAAGGCAUCAAACUACAAUGGGCUGAGGAAGACCCGAUUUAUCAUCCCUGGAUAUUUGGAAAAGGGAGAUGAGGACUGGCCACAGGAUAUGUGUAAGGUUAUGAUCAAGAGGGAAAACGUGAACUGCAUUGCUGUAGAAUGGAAGAAUGGCAUGAAGACCCUGUACGCCCAGGCGGCCAAUAAUGCCAGGGUGGUGGGCGCCCACGUGGCAUUCAUGAUCAACUUCGUCAUGGGCCACUACAAACAGAAGCCUGAUAAGUUCCACAUCAUUGGUCACAGCCUGGGCGCUCACGCUGCAGGGGGGGCUGGUAGUGCCAUCCCCGGCCUGGCCCGCAUCACAGGACUAGACCCAACUGAACCCUAUUUUCAAGGCAGUGAUGCCACAGUGCGCCUGGACGUCACUGAUGCCACUUUUGUGGAUGUGAUUCACACCGACGGACUUCCUUUUGACUCCAAACUCGGUCUGGGGAUGUCUGAGCCUAUUGGCCACAUUGACUUCUACCCCAACGGAGGAGAACUGAUGCCCGGCUGCUCUAAAAACAAAGGCAAGCCUUCUGACCUUGAUGCCUUCUGGCAAGGUACCAAGAAGUUUGAGGCCUGUAACCACAUCCGAUCUUACCAGUACUACAGUGAGAGCAUUCCUAAAGCCCCUGGCUUUGUAGGAUACCCCUGCUCUGACAAGGACAGUUUUGCUGCCGGAAAGUGUUUCCCAUGUCCAAACAUGACAUGUCCACAGAUGGGCUAUUAUGCUGACAGGUAUGCUGUGACUGAUGGCGUUUCCAAGAUGAAGUUCUUCUUGAACACCGGCAGUUCAAGCCCUUUUGGUCGUUACAGCUACAGAGCAAAGGUAACUUUGGAUGGUCCUGUCAGGCCUAACCCGGGCUUCUUGUAUGUGGCACUGUCUGGAGGCAAAGUCAAGACCAAGGAGUAUCAGCUUCAUGCGGGUUUGCUGCGUCCCGGUGACUAUGAGGUGUUCAUCAAUGCAGAGACCGACGUGGGUGAAGUGACGGAGGUGAAUUUUCGCUGGAACAAUCACAUCUUCAACCCCUUGCGCCCCAAGUACGGUGCCUCCAGGGUCGAGCUGGAGAGAGGACAAGACAAGAAGAUCUACCACUUCUGUGGAGCAGAGAAUGUGACGGAGAAUACAAUCCAGUCUGUGCUUCCAUGCCAAGCUUAG